ACUAGAAAGGCACAGCAUGAGCGGCAGGAGGAGCGGAGCAUCCGCACGAUUCUGAGAGGUGGCACCAGAGUCACGUCUGCAGCAGAACCUGCGUCCGUCCUCCCCUAGAAAGCCGUGGACUGGGAGCUGCAGACACGACAUGUUCUACUCCGGGAUCCUCACCGACAGCAGCAGGAAAGAUGGCGAUCUGCGGGAAGCCCCCUCCCUGAGACAGCAGAGGAGGACCAAGCAAUCCCUCCAGUUCAUCCAUAAGGAUUCAGCCGACCUCCUGCCUCUGGAUGGCCUGAAGAAGCUGGGGACCUCCAAGGACACGCAGCCGCACAACAUUCUGCAGCGACGAUUGCUGGAGAGCAACUUAUCAAAACUGAGGAGCAAUCGCCCAACGUGGAUCCCAAAGUGCGAAGCCCAGAGCAACAAACUGCAUCAUGGGAAGGGAGAGAGCCCGAAGAAGAGUGACGAGGACAAUGCGGUCUUUGUCUGGUGUCAGUGCGCAGGGAAGGAGAUGAAGGUGAAGAUUGACACGUCCUGUCAGCACAGCGUCAUAUCCUCAGCCUGCCUGGACCGACUCGGGCUGAAGGAACAUUUCAGGUCAUACAAGGAGGAGGAGAACUUAUCGCUUCCCUACAACAUGAAGAGCAUUGGUCAGGUGGAGCUCCUGACGGUGACGCUGGGCCGCAUCUCCCUGGACUGCACCGCCGCCGUUAUCGAUGACAAGGAGCAGAGCUUCUCCCUGGGUCUCCAGGCUCUGCGCUCCCUGAAGUGUGUGAUAAACCUGGAGAAGAAUCACCUUGAGGUGGGAAGAACGGAGAGAGAGGUCGUGCCGUUCAUCGCCUCCAGAGAGGAGAACUCAUCAGACGUAUCAUAAGGAGACGGAUCCUGAACCGAACACAAGCGUCGUCAUCGCGUCUGAACAAUCCUCCUGUGUCGUCGCCGUGUGCCCCCGAUCUGUGACGCCUUGUACUUUUUAUAACACCCCCUUCCUGAUAAUUUCACUAGAAUUGGAGAUUUUUUACUAGAUGUAUUUUAAUAUUCUGCUGUUUAUAGAAAACUGGUGGCACAGAAGAUCUAUUCACACAGACUGACCCACAGCGCCACCAAAUGGCCGGGGCAGGG